AUGUAUUCGUCCCUCGCGCCGUCCCUAUAGAUUAUUAUUCUUAAGUUUAUGAAUUCAGUUGCGUUCUGAUGUCAACAUGUCGCCACAGCGUCGAUGUAUUGUAAUCGUAUUAUUAACAGUGGGGGUAAUCCACGCGUCUCCGAAACUCAACGAUGUACGCAUUAAGACACAAAAUUGUGAAAAUUCUCCUCAAGGCCAUGUCUUCGACGAAGCCCAGGCCAUAGGUACAUGGCACGCUCAACGACACAAAUCAGACAAACCUUACUUCUUCAGGGACUCCGAAUGUGCACAGUUAACUUCGGUUAACGAACAGGAACGAAAUGAAGUUAAAAAAAAGAUCGGAAACUACACCGCCAAUUUAAAAUGGGAGAACUUAACAUUGAGAAUGCAAAUACCGUGUCAAAGUACGAGUAUGAGACACAAUGUUACAGAAGACCAUUAUCUGGAAAGACUUGAUGGUCACGGUAUUUACAGGACUCUACACGUGCCUCUGCCGUCUGCUAAACUAGAACUCGGCGCAUUACGUAGUAUCGCAAUACGUUUGAAGAUCAUUGAAAAUGAGUAUCUUGGUUUAAUGGGCUGUCAUGUUUUCUUUUUGUCCAAGAAGCCGUUUGACGAUACAGACAUCGAAGAACGCUUGAAUAACACCUACAAAUAUUGGCCAAAGGAUUUGUCAUAAAGGUCGUAAAUAUUAUACAUAUACUAGCUUUUGCCCGCGACUCCGUCCGCGUGGAAUAGUUAUUUUGGCAUAACGCUAAAUUUUACCCCACUUCAUUUACGUAGAAAGUAAAAAUAUUUUUGAAUUAUAUAAUAUUAAGGAGCUUUUUAAGCCCCUAUUUUGAAACAGUCUUUUUUGGUGCUCCACUUGUAUUGGCCUUGCUUUUUUUCCUACCUAAGCUGAUAGCCUUGAGAGGCUAUACCAGCGUAACCUUAACUAGUAGGUGAGCUCACGGUGUUCAAACCGGAGUGUUGCUAACACUUACCCUAGCAAGGUCAGUGCUUCGCAGAAUCUACCACCGGAUCAGAAACGCGACCCACUGAGAAGAUCCGGCGAGAAACUCAGUGGGCUGUGUCUAUGGGUUAAUUCGCUCGUCGAACCCUUCGUCGCAAGCGACGGGUUCGACGAGGACGGUGACCGGUGCUUGUGGUGCCUAAAAGCACCGUUAAUGGAUCAGGAGGAUCCGUAAUGACGUGCUUUGGCCUUGGCCUUGCCGUGAUGCUAUAUAGCCUAUAGCCUUCCUCAAUAACUGAGCUAUGUAACACUGAAAGAAUUUUUCAAAUCGGACCAGUAGUUCCCGAGAUUAGCGCGUUCAAACAAACAACAGAACUACCCUCCUUUUUAUAAUUAUGCAAUUAAUUUCAAUAGUUGUAGUUUAGCAAUUAAGCACUAUAACAUUAAUUAAUCUAUUACAUUAAGUAAAUCUAUAAAUAUAAUUAUUCUAUUUAUAAUAAGUAAUUACAACGAGUAUAAUAAAAGGUAUCAGGGUCGUUCUUCUAUUUCUACUGAAAUAAUAAUUCAUUGCGGCUUAGAGGCUAGAGUAACUUAAGUCUUGUUCCUUUACUGGUAGCGCAUAUCUCAAUGUGGUAGUCUCUCUUUGAAUUCACAUAUUUUAGAGAUCCGGCUUAUCCAAAUAAACAAGAAAAAAGGAAGGACUGAUAAAAAAAGUCGAAGGCAUGUUGGAUCUUAGGCUCGUUUUAAGUAAAAUCGCGAAUAUUUCAAACGAUUGCAUUUUUCUAACCUGUAUUGUAAUAUUAACAAGCAAAUACUUUUAUUACGUUUCGAAUCCGUAAUAAAGAAAAAUAUGAGUCAACCGAAAUCACUUAUUACGUAUCGAUACUACUCGUAUAAGGACAAAUAUGAGAGUAAUUACGAAAGCAGCCGAGCCAUUAGUUACUUUCCACCCCAUCGGCAGUACGCAGCCCUUACACUAAAGCACCACUCAAAUUAAGUGCGGCUCGAUCAACAGUCAUUUUCGGUUACAAUUAACCACACAUUUGAGUGAAAAGUCAACCACCCACUCCAAUUGAUUUAUUGUGUCCUACACUAGUUCCGCCAUUUUGUGGCAAGAAUUGUAUUUUACAACAUAGAACUAUUAAAACUAUACUGGAAUA